AUGAAGGCCGGUAAAUUGGACGAGCUAAAGUGUAUUCUACAAUCACUGCACGAAACUAUCCAAAUUAUAGUGAUCUCUGAGACCUGGAUAAAAUCCGAAGAGGAUGUGAAAACCGCGCAAAUACCCGAAUAUACUCACUAUUAUAAUCAUAGAUACGACUCAAAGGGUGGUGGAGUUUCCAUAUUCACUCAUAACACGCUGAAACACAGCCUCGUUGAAGAAAAAACUGUUGAUGAUAACCAUUACCUCUGGAUACACAUAGACAAAUUUUCAUUAGACAUAGGUGCAAUUUAUAAACCUGGUCGCACAAAUAGCAUAAGUUUUCUAGAAGAAUACACGUCGCAGUUAGAGAAGCAAAAACGAGCUGUUGUCUUCGGUGAUUUUAACUAUGACUUAUUAAGUCACGAAAAAUCUGCUGACUACAAAUAUGCUAUGGAAGAAAGUGGUUUCAACAUUCUCAACAAAAUUGAUCCAUUAUACAUUACUCGUGAAACGGACUCGACAAAAUCAAUAUUAGAUCACGUAUGUACAAACGUAAAUAACAACAAGUUUCACUUUGCAAUUAUAGAAUCAAACUUGUCAGACCACAAACAUAUAUAUUUGGAAAUUGAUAAACAUAUACCAGCGGCUAUUAAAUCAACCCAAUAUGAAGCAAUUAAUUAUGAUAAACUACUGGAAACAGUCAAAGGCGUGGAUUUUAACAAUACAGAUGCGGAAUAUACCAAAUUAGAAGAGAUCUUAACUUCGUGCGUAUCAAAAUGUAAAUUUACCAAAACUAAAAAGCUUAAUCCUCCGAGACAAGAUUGGAUUAACCAAAACAUUAUGGACAUGAUCAAUAAAAGAAAUGAACUAGGACUUAUGAAUAGAAAAUAUCCAAAAGACAAAUCAAUACAAGAAGCGUUGAUCAAAGAAAGAAAAGAAGUCACAAGUCAAAUUCAGAAAACAAAAGCAACCUACUAUCACAAUGCCCUCAAAAACUGUGUAAAUAAACCAGCGAAAAUGUGGACACUUAUUAACAGCCUAUAUCUAAAUAAAGUAAAAGAUUCCAACACGACCUCACCAAAUAAACUUGUAUCUGACAAUGGAAUCAUUACAGAUGAAAAAGAGAUGUGCGAGUUCUUCAACGACUAUUUUUCUACAAUAGGUGAAACUUUGGCUAAUGAAAUACCACAAAAAUACCACAAAGACAACAUCUUUAACGCUGCUAGCCGCCCUCCGAACCCAGACUUGCACGAUCUCUCGAAUUUUACACCUGCAUCAACUGAAGAAGUCGGAAAAAUUAUAGAUAAUUUAAAAAGUAACACUGCCUCGGGCAUAGAUGGCUUAACUAAAGUAACUGAGCAGAAGGAACUGUUAAAGUAUGUCGUAGCACUACAAGGAGUGUUACAGCCUCGUAGCCCCGAAGAAAUCGGCUCACAUCUAAUGACAACUAGUUACGUCCUUAAACUUGUCAAGUGUAUCAGAACGGUAGAGUGGGCAAGUGCAGGCAGUCCCCGUGACCUACAUCCGGCGACCCUCGCGCGGGAAGCUGCUAAUUUCCACCAGCGCCUGCCUACGUCACGGCGGUGCGGAGGGCAGGGGGGGCGAACCUCGACUCCUCGCUGGCUGCCUGUUCAGCUACCAGUCCACCGCCCCACUCCGAAGAGCUCGCACGCGUCACACGCUCAGCGCGGAUCAUCGACACGACGCCCCCCGGGACAAUCUACCAAUUUUUUUUAUGUGCCCCUCAAGCGGGCUGAGGCUCGGGUGGGGCGCGUUCCGCUGACACAGUGGCUCAGUCAGCCGCCGGUCGCCGAGUGA